AUGUUUUACUUUUUGGUAUUAGUUGAUGGUGCUACUGGUGCUAUAACUAAACGAUUUGACCAAAUAACGAAUUUUAAUAAUAUAUUUGGAUUUCUAUAUAAUAUUGGAAAGCUUCGGGUUGUUCCAGAUACAAAAAUUUUAAAAUGUUGUCAAGACCUACAAAUACAUUUAACUGAUAACGAAACAAAAGAUUUAAAUGAUUGUGAUUUAUACGAAGAACUUUUGAUUUUCCGCCAUUUAGUAGAUGAAAAUAUACCAUUACUUCAGGUACUUUUUGAAGUAAAAAAAACUAAUGCUUUUCCUAAUAUAAGUAUAGCUUUGAGAAUUAUGUUGACUAUUCCACUCACAUCAGCUGGAGCAGAGAGAUCUUUUUCGAAGCUUAAAUUAAUAAAAACUUAUUUACCUAGUACCAUGUCCCAACAACGACUCACUGGACUAGCCACAAUUUGUAUUGAAAAAGAACUAUCCGAACAGUUGAACUAUGAAGAAAUUAUAAAUGAUUUUGCUUCCAAAAAAGCCAGAAAGAAAAUUAUUUAG